UUUUAAGAGAGAUACUAGGACAAGCAAGACGCAGAUUCGUAGUCAAAUUUAGUCGGCGGAGGGAAGGAGAGUCGGAGUAAGAGCAAAGCGAUGGGGUUAUUCUCAAACAAGAUCAGCAAGGAGGAUGUCAGGCCUGGAGAUCAUAUCUACUCAUGGCGAACAGCUUACACAUAUGCCCAUCAUGGUAUAUAUAUUGGAGAUAAUAAGAUCCUUCACUUCACGAGGGGAAGAGGGGAGGAAAUGGGGACUGGUACCGUCCUUGACGUACUUCUGUUCAGCUCAGGGCCUCCCAAUAGACCUUUUGUCUGCCAUGCAUGUAAUCAUGAACAAGACAGCAAUGGAGUAGUGUGUUCUUGUCUUGAUUGUUUCCUUGCUGGAGGGGCCCUGUAUCGCUUUGAGUACUCUGUCAGCCCUGCCCUCUUUCUUGCAAAAGCUCGAGGUGGAACUUGUACUCUUGCAGAAUCAGACCCACCAGAGACAGUUGUACAUCGUGCAACUUACUUGCGUGAAAAUGGUUUUGGAUGCUAUAACAUUUUUAAAAACAAUUGCGAAGACUUUGCAAUUUACUGUAAAACUGGCUUGCUUGUUAUUGAUCGGAAUCCUAUUGGAAGAAGUGGUCAAGCAGCAUCAAUCCUUGGUGCUCCAUUUGCUGCUGUCUUUUCAUCUCCUUUGGGGUUUCUGACAACUAAUAUAACUGGAAUUACUGUAGUUGCAAUUGGCACGUAUUGCUUGAGCCGAUAUGCAACUGAUAUUGGGGUUCGCAUGGAUGUCUCAAAAGUUUCUGUGGAAGAUUUAACAGCAAAACUGGGUCUGAAUAAUGUGCGAGUGAUUCCAUCAACUAGUGGUGUCUUCAAGUAGUAAGGCGAUGCUAAGAGGCACAUUUUCUUUUGGCUGUCGUUUAUAUAACCAAAUUGACUACUUGUUGGAUUUCUAGACUUGCAGUUUACAAUAAGCAUCUCAGAGCAUGACCAGAUCUUAUGGUCAGCUGCAUGAGAAAAUUACUUUAUAUAAAAAGACAUCUUUAUAGAAUUAAAUCCAAAGCAAAUUAAAUUUUGCAUGAAUUCUGCUUACAUUUAUUGUUAUAUUGGUGAUUUCAUGUAAUUAAUAAAAGACUGCUCAUUAUUUUGUUUA